AUGUUGAAGACGUCAUUGCUUGGAAGGGACUACAACAGUGAGCCCGACUCCUUGGAUGAUGGGUCCAAGUCCCCCUCAGAGAGUAGCAGCACCACCACUUCAGAGAAUGUCCGUCCUGCUGAGGAAGCCAACCGACUAACGAUGCUGCAAACCUUGAUCCAUUUAUUGAAAUGCAACAUCGGCACAGGCCUCCUGGGGCUUCCCCUGGCCAUCAAAAAUGCCGGCUUACUGGUCGGCCCUAUCAGCCUGCUGGCCAUCGGGAUCCUCACCGUGCACUGCAUGGUCAUCCUGUUGAACUGUGCCCAUCACCUCAGUCAGAGACUGCAGAAGACUUUCGUGGACUAUGGAGAGGCCAUGAUGUACAGCCUCGAAACCUGCCCCAACGCCUGGCUGAGGACCCACUCGAUGUGGGGGAGGUACACUGUCAGCUUCUUAUUAAUCAUCACCCAGCUGGGCUUCUGCAGUGUUUAUUUUAUGUUCAUGGCAGACAACUUACAACAGAUGGUGGAAGAAGCCCACAUGACGUCCAACACCUGCCAGCCCAGGAAGAGCCUGGUGCUGAUCCCCAUCCUGGACAUUCGUUUCUACAUGCUGAUCAUCCUGCCCUUCCUGGUCCUGUUGGUGUUUAUCCAGAAUCUCAAGGUGCUGUCCAUCUUCUCGACACUGGCCAACAUCACUACCUUGGGGAGCAUGGCUCUGAUCUUUGAGUAUAUCGUGCAGGGGAUUCCAGAUCCCAGCAAACUACCCUUGAUGGCAAGCUGGAAGACCUUCUUGCUGUUCUUCGGUACAGCCAUCUUCACAUUUGAAGGCGUUGGCAUGGUUCUGUCUCUCAAAAACCAGAUGAAGCAACCACAGCGGUUUUCUUUUGUUUUGUACUUGGGGAUGUCCCUUGUCAUCGUCCUCUACAUCUGCCUGGGGACACUGGGCUACAUGAAGUUUGGACCAAACACCCAGGCCAGCAUCACCCUCAACUUGCCCAACUGCUGGUUGUACCAGUCAGUCAAGUUGAUGUACUCUGUCGGCAUCUUCUUCACCUACACUCUCCAGUUCCACGUCCCAGCCGAGAUCAUCAUCCCCGUUGUCAUCUCCCAGGUGUCAGAGAACUGGGCACUGUCUGUAGACCUGUCUGUCCGCACAGUCUUGGUCUGUCUGACUUGUAUCUCAGCCAUCCUCAUCCCGCGCCUGGACCUGGUCAUCUCCUUGGUGGGCUCGGUGAGCAGCAGUGCCCUGGCCCUCAUCAUCCCACCCAUCCUGGAGCUCAUCACUUUUUACCCUGAAGACAUGAGCUGUGUCACUAUUGCAAAGGACAUCAUGAUCAGCAUUCUAGGCCUUCUGGGUUGUGUAUUUGGGACAUACCAAGCCCUCUAUGAGUUGACCCAACCCAUCAGCUAUUUCAUAGCCAACUCCACAUAUGCAUAA